CCGAACUCGGAAGCGGGUGGGCCCUUUGGGCCGGCGGUGUUUUACUGUGUGUGUGGUAGUGGUCGCUCAGGUGCGGUUUGACGGGGUUGCUUGGGUUGUCACUGUUAUGAGGUUCCGCAGGAAAUACAGGACCACGACCGUGAUAAACCAUGAAGUCAUCGUCCAGAACCUUGAGGAUAUUGUCACCUUCCUGGUGAUGUUCAUCGUGAUGUGGUUCGUGAUUGAGGUCCCACCCAAGACCUUCAUCAUGUUUGUUGCUCUGCAGUACAAUGUCACCUAUACCAUUGAUGACAACAGUGAGCAAUUUGAUUUUUAUGACUAUGGUCCCAAAGACAUUGCCACAAUCAGCUUCUACAUGCUUGUAACUAUUAAAGUGCAUGCUGUAAUCCAGGAGUGCAUAUUAGAUAAAAUUAAUAGGUAUCUGCAGCUGUCAAAACCAGAGCAGAGCAAAUUCAAUGAAUCAGGACAGCUCGCGUUGUUCUACUUGUUUUCAUUUAUAUGGGGAGCAAGUAUUCUGAAUGCAGAAGAAUUCGCAAUGAACCUAACCUCAUUCUGGAAAGAUUAUCCCUUUUCUCAUAUGCUUUUUCAGGAAAAAUUCUUCUAUAUUUGCCAGAUAGCCUAUUGGCUUCAUGCACUGCCAGAGCUAUACCUUCAAAAGGUCCAAAAGGAAGAUAUUCCAAGGCAGCUAUGUUAUAUUUGCCUUUACAUUACUCAUAUCUCUGGUGCCUAUAUAUUAAAUUUGCAGCAUUUGGGGCUAAUUCUGGUGGUACCUCACUAUUUGGUGGAAUUCAUUUUUCAUGCCUUGCGUCUCUUCUACUUCCCUGAUGAAAACAUGCAAAAAGGAUUUAUCAUUUGGGCUUUACUUUUCAUAAUGGUGCGUCUUUUGACCCUAACUUUAUCUGUCCUCACCUUUGGAUUUGGUCUGGCAAGAGCAGAGGUUCCAGGUUUUUCCAUAGCAGACGGAAACUUCAAUACACUCCCUGUGAGGAUUGGCUGCCUGGGUGCUGUUUGUCUAACACAGGCCUGGAUGAUGCGGAAGUUUGUACAUUUUCAGCUGAAGAAAUGGAGAGAGCGUGUUAAGGACCAGAUUCCAGAGAAGAAAACAACUAACCCAAAGAAGAAAUGAGCAAAAAAGGAACCAGGCAAAGCUAACUUUGCCAAUGGAGCAGCAAAAACAGAAGAUGGAGCACCACCAAGAACAAGAAAAUCAAAACCAGUAUGAGGAUAUAAGCUAGUAUCAGAAGACAACAUUUGAUGGAAGACUGUUGACUUAAGAAAUUGACAUGGCAGAGCUUCUGCUUGGAUGUCUUCUUAUUUUAAUGGACACUAUCAGGUUAUAUUUUUAAAAUAUGUUUGUUGAUGACUGUACGUUUAUGACAAGAUCAUGUCUGAGGUACCUUGGUAGGCAUCUCCAAGUUUCACAACAGCUGAAUUGGCAUGAACUUCUGGUUCAGUGAUCGGAAGUUAUUACAUUUCUGUAGUAUUUGCAUUACAGACACUGCAGAAGGCUGUGUAAAUCUAUGUUUAUUUUAUUAAGUCUAUUUGUUUGUUUUUAGAAAAUGAGAAUGCUGUACCAAAAAGAUCUUACCGUGCCUGCCUGUCUCCCCUUCUCUUCCCUCCCCAAGAAUUUUUUCUUUCUUCAUCUUACAUGGAAUAACAGUUAUAUCUGAAGUAGCCUGGUAAAAAAGGAAACAUGUUCUAUACCUGAUUUCUCUUUAAAAAUUGCAGGUUUAGAAAGAGGACAAAUUCUGACAGGACAUCACUAAUCUUUCAGUAUGAAUGUGAGACUAAUCUUCAGUAAAGAUGCAAACCAUGUGCCUUGGGAAAAAUACUAGAUUGCCUGUUGGAUUUUGCAGUGGAUUGUACUGUCUUGUAUUCAGCAGGGAUGGGAGGAAGUAGCUGAAUAAUUUAUAAUAUAACUUUAGUCCUUUUGAAAUAAAAGCCAAAACUUCUGACUAUUUGUAAAGAGCCGAUUUCAUGUUUGUAGUUAGAUGUGCCAGAAAUUUUUUCUUCAACUGCUUGUUCCCUCCCCCCCCCUUAAGUUUGUAAUUAACAUUUUAAACUUCUGAGUCUAUUCAGAAGAUGCUCAAGAGAGGUACUCAAACAAUAUUGGAAAGAAUGUUUCACCAAGCAUAACCUUUUUUCUUUCUUAAGAAAGAAAAUCCUGUAGAUAAUAAUUUCCUUUAGACUGACUCAAGGGUUUCCACAGAAUCACAAAAUGAUUUUGGUUGGAAAGACCUUAAGAUCAUC